GUAGCUGAUUAAUAUCAGGGAAGGGGGCCAGUCUGGAGCUGGAAUCUAAACGUGGGUAUCCAGUGCUGCAGUCAUUCAGGGGAGAGGAACGGAGAGAGGACUCUGCACCCCACCAGAUUUUGUUAUAGGUGGAGGCCUUUGCUCAGUCGGAGUAUCAUGGCCAACGUCUCCAUAAGAAAAUACAAAAACAGUGACUAUGAAACGGUCAACUUCUUGUUUGUUGAAGGAACAAAAGAGCAUCUCCCAGCAGCCUGUUGGAACACACUGAAGAAGCCUCGGUUUUAUUUCAUCAUUAUUGUGGCAUGUGCCAGCAUCUUCAUGUGCACCAGUUCCUAUGUUCUGUCCCUUACAAGCCUUGUUGCCCUGUUGGCUGUUGGCUGGUAUGGCUUGUACUUGGAAUUCCAUGGGUAUGCAAGUCGGUGCCAGCGUGAGGAUAUGCUUGAUAUUGAGAAUUCCUACAUGAUGAGUGACAAUACUUGUUUCUGGGUGGCAGAGAUAGACAGGAAGGUUGUGGGCAUAGUGGGUGCCAAACCAUUAAAAGAAGCAGAUGAUGAGCUGUUUCUGUUACAUCUCUCUGUUGCCAGGGACUGUCGCCAGCAGCGGAUUGGCACAAAGCUGUGCCAGACAGUCAUUGAUUUUGCCAGGCAGCGUGGUUUCAAAGCUGUGUGUCUGGAAACAGCAAACAUACAAGACGCAGCAAUAAAGUUGUAUGAAGCCGUUGGCUUUAAGAAAUCCCUUGUUGCAAUCCCCCCAUUCCUUCUUAACCAAUACACAUCUUUCACAGUUAUUUAUUACAGAUAUGAUAUCAAAUCAUAGGAAAUCCAGUGCUUAAUAAUCCAUAGGACACAAUCUUCUGCCACCUUCCAUCAGCACCGGCCUACAGCCACAUCAACUGGUUUCAUGAGCAGAAUCAGAACCUAAGAUCCAAGAUGAGUCUGAAACCCUACAGACUGGAGAAGAGGAACCAGUUCAGAUGGUUAUUACUAAAUUCAUUUUGGAAAGCCACCAUGGAAGGGGAAGCUCCAGAAGCCUCCUGAGAUGUUUCACUUUCAAUGUCAAAAGAAAAAUAAACAGUAGACAAACUAAUAUCAACAAGUGUGGGAUCGACUCUGUCCACAUGAUGUGGAAUAAGAAAUUUAACCAAUCUUAAAUCAAAGCUGGGUAUCAGUCAAUUUUUCUUGAUUUUACUCUUAGAGUUUUUUAAACACAGGACAUGUCAUAUGCAUUUCUUCUGAUAUUCCUUCCCAUGUCUUGCUAUUAAACAGCAUAUUUGUU